AUGGCCUCCAUCUCCACCAAACCAGUCGUCCACCUCCCCACGGCUCCUACAAUUUCCGACACAUUCGCCGCCUACUCAGAGGAUAUUAGCCGCGCAAUCAUGACAGCGACCUGCCCCAAGCCAGCCAAGCUGCAUCAUAACUUCAUCAACGAGCUCCCACCAGCUCCACCACCUUCUCCCGUCUCCUUUGCCAUCGACAGUAAUGGCAAGCCCAAUGGCAAGAAACACUCCAAAAUUCCUGGCAUGAGUUUGGAGUAA